AUGAAAGAUAUUAUUAUCGGCGUGGUGGCUCUCGCCGUGGUUCUUCUCUUCUUCCUCUACCAAAAGCCAAGAACCAAACGGUACAAGCUGCCUCCGGGUCCAAAGGCGCUUCCGGUGAUCGGAAACCUCCACCAGCUUCCAAAACAAAACCCACAACGCUCCUUCUAUGAAUGGGCCAAAAAAUACGGUCCAAUCUUAUCAUACAAGAUAGGAAGCAGAACAAUGGUGAUAAUAUCUUCGGCUGACCUAGCCAAAGAGCUUCUCAAGACGCAAGAUGUUAACUUUGCGGACCGGCCUCCACACCGUGGCCACGAGGUCAUAUCCUAUGGCAGGCGCAACCUGGGAAUGGGCCACUUCACACCUUAUUACCGGGAGAUAAGGAAGAUGGGCAUGAACCACUUGUUCUCACCCUCACGUGUCGCCACCUUUAAGCACGUGCGGGAGGAGGAGGCUAAGAGGAUGAUGGCUAAGAUCGAAAAGGCGGGGGAGAAAUCCGAAGCAGUCGAUAUAAGCGAGCUUAUGUUGACGUUCACAAACUCGGUUGUGUGUAGACAAGCGUUCGGGAAGAAGUACAAUGAAGAUGGAGAGGAGAUGAAGAGGUUCAUCCAGAUUCUCUAUGGCACUCAGAGCGUUUUGGGAAAGAUUUUUUUCUCUGACUUUUUCCCCUACACUCGCUACAUUCUCGAUGAUUUGACAAGCCAAACGACUUAUAUGAAAGAGUGUUUCGAAAGACAAGACAAUUAUCUGCAAGAGGUUGUCAAUGAGACGCUUGAUCCCAACAGGGUCAAGCCCGAAACCGAUAGCAUGAUCGACCUCUUGAUGGAGAUCUACAAAGAUCAAUCUUUCGCCACCGAGUUCACUAUCGAGAAUGUCAAAGCCGUGAUCCUCGAUAUCGUAGUGGCGGGAACGGAUACGGCAGCUGCGGCGGUUGUCUGGGGGAUGACGUAUCUAAUGAAGUACCCUAAAGUGAUGAAGAAAGCUCAAGACGAAGUGAGAGAUUAUGUGAGAGAGAAAGGGUCAACGUUUGUAACUGAAGACGACGUCAAGAACCUUCCUUACUUUAAAGCCUUGGUUAAAGAAACCCUAAGGAUCGAACCUGUGAUUCCUCUCCUUAUCCCUCGUUGUUGCAUUAAAGACACCAAGAUUGCUGGCUACGACAUCCCUGCGGGGACUACAAUCAACGUCAACGCGUGGUCCCUAUCACGUGAUGAGAAGGAAUGGGGCCCAAACCCUGACGAGUUUAGACCGGAGAGGUUUCUUGAGAAGGACGUUGACUUCAAAGGCACGGACUACGAGUUUUUACCGUUCGGGUCGGGUCGGAGGAUGUGCCCUGGAAUGCGCCUUGGCACAGCGAUGCUUGAGGUUCCAUACGCGAACCUUCUGCUCAACUUCAACUUCAAACUUCCUAAUGGAAUGAAACCAGAAGAUAUCAAUAUGGAUGUCAUGACUGGUCUCGCUAUGCACAAGUCCGACCAUCUCAAGCUUGUCCCAGAAAAAGUGUACAAUUGA